ACUUAGUUCAUACAAUAUCAUAUGAUUAAACUGCAAAUGAAUUCAAAUCACAAAGUUCGAAUAUGUAGUAUGCGUAGUUUCUAAUGACGCCAAACUGAAACUGGACAAUUCAAAACACCUGUCAGGAUGGCAGACUGGAGUGUGUACAAGGGGUCACCGGGUGCUGACAUUCUCUCGUCGCUCAGUUGCCGCAGUAACAGGGACCAGAGUCUGAGCACGCUGCACAGAAUGUCAAGCUUCAUGGACAGCCACUUGUACACCAGCAGUGCCAUGUACGAUGAGAACACGUUCUGUACUUCUGAUAAUCUCGAGGACUGCAUCACACAGCUCAAUCAGGAACUGACAGGCCUAGGUUUGAACCCGGUUACGCGUGACAAUGUGAAGCCCUCCCUGGUGAACCGCCUUGAAGAACUCAUCAGACUGUUCCAGCGAUCAGCACGAGUGAAAGAAGAUCUAGAAAACAGACUUCACCGCUCAACGUGUGACAACACAGAGAGUCAGACGCUGCUUCGGCGUCUGCGAGGGGACAAGGAGCGUCUGGAGAGAGACCUGGCCCAGGAGCAGGAGAAACACAGACAGACGCACAGCAAGAUCAAGAACAUCACAGCUAAACUGAAGGCGGAGAAAGAUGAGUUGAAGCGUAUCCAGGCAGUUAUCAAGGACAGAGAUGUUCAGUACAAACACGAAGUCAAAAAGAAGCAACGGGAAGUCAACAAGCUAAUGGAGAGAUUGCAUCAACUACUGAUGGACAAAAACCCAGACAGAAGGAUAGGCAUGGACAUGGUAGGGAACCUGCAGAGAGGCUCAAACAAGAGAAGCACAUGGAAACACAAGACCGGCUCCAAUGAACACGAGGACAUGUACAGCCACCUGAUCUCCAGCUAUGAGGCCAAGCACCAGGAACUGCGUGUGGAGAACAGCAACCUGCGAGACUGUCUGCUUGACAUGCAGCGAGAACUGGCCUCACUCAUUGACCUCUCUGACUCUGUCACGGUCACCAAUGGCAACGGUUGCUUGGCUGGUAGCAUGGCCAGCAGUGUGGAUGAUCUGUCCACCAUCUCAUCUCUCUCACAUGAUCUCAAUGAUGACUGUCUACAAAUGCCCUAUGAUAUAAUGGGAGAAAAUCUGACAAAACAUUUCCAAGAGAUUUGCAAGCGCCUGGGAAACACCUUGCGUAAAUGUUCCUCUAACUACAGUGUGGCAGCCAACUCAUGUCUGCGGACCAGUCCAAACAAGAGCAAAGGGGAGACCAGCCACAACACAAGCGGAUCUGAGAGGGACCAAGGACGGAAACAAGAGGAGCUAGAUAAGCUAAGGUCACAGAUUGCCAAGUACAAGGACAUAGUAAAACAGCAAGAAACUCUCAUACAGCAAUCUCUGCAGACCCAGUCCAAGUCCAUGGAGAACACGUUUCUCCAGGAGUCACAUAUCCUCCAGGAGAGGGAGACACUGUCAGAACAGAGGAGGGAGUUCUAUCAACAGAAGGCUGACUUUGAGGAGGAGAAAAAGGCUGUGGCUGAGAUGGCCCGCAGGACACAACUCGAGAGACGUCGGUUUGAAGAAGAGAAAACUCGGUUACUACAGACGUCCUUUCUUAACAUUGCUGGGAGUAAUCAGUUAAGCAAUCAUGAGUCAUCCUCACCGACAAAGUCAAAAGCUGACAAAUCUCGUCUGCUGCCCUCCACCCCUGUCUUCUCUCCAGCGCCCGGAAAGAAAUCAUCGCCCUCUGCAACGGACCUUCUUAAAUACCUCACUUCCCCAAACAAGAGGAGUCCACUAAAGCCUGCCCACUCCUUGGACCAGCAGUCAGUGGUCAGUUGUGACUCCCUGACCAGCAAGUCUACCAACUCUGCACCUGGUGACCUCAUGCAGUAUCCCUCUGGGUCGUCCAAACCCUCUACAUUUGAAAAAACAAAAAAGUCAUCAGUGUCAGCCAAAUGCUCACCACUUCAAACUGCUGACUCAUGUUCUUCAACAUCUGCCAGAAGCUCAUUAUUUGAACCAUCUGGGUCAAGUAAAGGCUUGUCUAUAGAGGAACUAGAGGAAAUUAAGCGUUCCUUGUACCAAGAGGAGAGAAAACGCAGAUCCAGCUCAGCAAGCCUUUCAAGUCUAGAUGGAAACUGAGUUUGUGGACAUUGGGAGUUAUGAAUUUUAUGUAAUCCAAUUUUUAGCUCGGCUGUUUUCGGAGAAAACCAGAGGUAUUGUCAUAGCAAGCGCGUCGUCCGACGUCCGCGUUGUGCUAAAACCUUUACAUUUUGUUAAGGUUUUGAUUAUUGGCUCUUAAAUCAAAGUGCUUCAACCUACAACUUUGAAACUUCACAUAUAGCUGCACCUUGAUGAGUUCUACAUGCCACACCCAGGUCAAAGGUCAAGGUCACUGUGACCUCUAAAAAAAAUAUAAAAAAUCUGACAAGCUUUCAUUUAUUAAAAACUGCACCUGCAGCCGAAUGUGGCACCCAUUAUGCAGUGCUCUUGUUAUAUGGAAUACAAUAACAUUUAUAGUUUAAAGCAUGGAGCAGAGCAAUUUGUUGGCUUUUGGGACUGAAUCUAUGCUUGAAUGAAGUCCUGUUCACACAUUUUUCCGUGGAAUGUAAAAUGUUCCACAGUAAGAUGUUAUUGAUAUGCACUUUUAUGAUGAUACAUGACCAUUUUGCAUGCUUUGUGAAGGAAUAACUUUUUAUGCAAUUACAGGGGCAACAUUUGAGACAUCUUCUGUAUUGUUGAUACUGAUUGUUUGAUGCAAUUAAAUUCAAUAAAUAAAUACAUCUAAAACAUAAUAUUUUAACAAAUGGAGGCAACUUUCCCAGUCCAUGAUAUUGUAUUACCAAUAUGCUCAAAUUUCUAAACAGAAACAACUGCUUUAUAAUAGUUUUAAUGUAAAAUCCCUUUGUUUCUGACUGUAUAGCAAUGUGCUGUUGCAACUAAUAUCUGUGGUAUCAAACACUGCUGUGAUCAUAUAAACAAGAACAUAUCUGUUCCACUAAUGUUAUAAGUAUUUACAUUUAUACAAUUUUCCUGUAUAACACGAUUUUGCUUCCUGUAUGCAAGUUUUUUUUUAACAAAAAUGUUUUUCUGUUGUGUCUAUUUUUGUAUUGUGAUACAUAUGCACUAACAUUGAUUUCUAUCCACUUGGUAAUUGCAUACAUGCAAUUUUGUUAAAGUCAAGUUUGGCUUUCAUCAAUAUCUUAAAUUGGUUAUUUCUUAUUCAUAACAAAUAUUUGUAAAAUGUUGGGUAAUUUGUAUUUAUUUUAUUAAAGCACUAUAAUUUUAAAUACUAUAUAAACUUGUAGCUGAUGUAAAGCCAAUUAGAUUUUAAAGAGUAUAUGUUAAUUUCAGACAUUAAUGUGUGCAGAUGGCAUUCAGACCUUGCUUCAAGGAAAUCCCAUAUUGUUACUUUUAUUUGUGUCUUCUGCAGUACUUUUUAGAAUUAAGGGCAUUAUUGUAAACACAAUCUGAUUUGUUAAUACAAAAUAAUUGUCAUUAAUAUUUGUUCAUGUUUCAAAAGAUAUGCAAAGAAGACUGACAUUACCCAUAGAUCAUUAUAUCGCCAAGCCUCAAUUGACAUAAUUUUGUUUAGUGACAUUUUAAGUAUUGUUUUGUUCCAUGUUAAUCAUCCUUUUCAUAUUAAUUUUGGAUAUUUACAUUGUCUUUUUUAAUUCUUCAAACUGCUGAAUUAUUUUACGUAUCUGUUUUAUGAAUAUAAAUUAUCUCAUUAUGCUUCAAAAGUAUUUGAUGAUUUUUGCAUAUUGGUUGAGCUAUUCUGAAGUGAUGCAUACAAUGAUCAAAUCAUCCAACCUUCUGAUAAUAAGAUAAAAUGUCAAACAUUUCCAGAGAACAUUGUGGGUAAGUGCUGAGUGCAAAAACUUAAACUUUCUUCAGUGUUUUAUUUAACUUUCUUCAGUGUUUGUGGAAUAUAAAACAAAAUGUUAUAGUGCAGAUAGUGCCUCAGAAAGCAUGAAAGGAUCCAAACAAAACUUCAUAUAAUGAUAGGAGACUUUGAGCCUAUGUGUGGAUUAUAAGAACUAGAACUCUUUCUUAGACCUCAUUUUUAUGGAGUUUUUGCAUUUUGUUUAUUUGUCUUUUACAAACAAGUACUAUAAGUAUAACACUGAUUGUAAUUAAAAUUCAUUUAUCAAGAAAAAAAAUUUUUUUUCUAUAAAUUGUAUUAUUUUUCCAAAUAUUGAAGGCCAAUAUCACAGUUUUGGGUUAAAGAAUACCAUGGGAGCAUUCGUCACUUACAGUUUUGUAUUGAGUUUAUUAUAAUAUGAGAAGCUGCUGAGAUUUGCUAACUGAAUUUUAUUCUGUCCUUGAUAUAUACCGGUAUAUUUAUGGAGCUAUUGCUCUUGAUAAGUUAUGCUUGCAGUGUACCUGUUUAUAUAAAUUGCUGACAUUCACUAGAAAAUGGAACCAAUUAAUUUUUUUUAGAUUUUUACAACUGCUGCCAUUCCGUUUUUUUGCUUCCAUCUUUAAUGUUAUGUAUUGUGUUCUUUAUUGCAAUGUUUUUGUUAUUUUGUUCAAAUUGACCAGGUAAUUUUAACACUGAUACAACAUGUAUAUAAACUAUUAGUGCUGAAAUUGAAUGGUCAAAAACCAACACAAACGUUCAAUAACUUGCCAUUUCCCAAGCUACCAUUUUGAGUGUUUUGUAACAAUGUAAAGUUGUAAUAUUGGUACAAUCAAUGGAAUGCAAUUAGGUAAUAACAUCCCAGUCAUGUAGUAGCAUCCUUCUUAUAACAAUGCUCCACAUUUCAGCUUCAUAUUUCUAUUAACUACAUGGAUGCUAACUGAUAUAAUAUCCCACUUUAUUAAUGGAGUUAGCCCCCUAUACGUUAACAUUAUGUAAACUGUAAUAUGCAUGCAAAUUUAGGCAUAUGCCUUUUUUGAACAGUUUCGACAAAGUUAAAAUUGAAAUAGACAGAGUACGUAAAACACAAAAUAUCACAAUGCCAUUCCUUUUUGUGUGUCUGUAUUAUGAUUAUAAUACUAUGUUAUGAUUUGUUUAUUGAUAGUCCAACUUAUAAAAAGUAAUAAGGGUUGCACAUUUUACGUGUAAAAAUUGUUUGCACUCAUAAAAUAAUCAAAUCAAAUAUAUCAGGCAUCAUUUUGUAUACAUAUUCCAAGCUUGAGUUAUAUUGUAUUUUCAUCUCAAACAUUAGUUGUUGUUUUUUGAUAUUUUUUUAAAUUGAUGUUUGUAUUAUUUUGUAUUAGGUGUUUGUAUUAAUUUGUACAUGUUAAUUGUUUCCAUUUAUUAUAUUUCUUAAUUUUAGACAGUGCCUUUGUUAAAUUAUGCAUAUCAAUUUAAAAGACCCAUUCCAUUGUACAUUUAUACCGACUAUAUUUUUAUAAAAAAAGGUAAAAUAAUUUGUGCUAUAAUUUAAACAAGACAAAUUUGUUUCAUUGUUGUAAAUUGUUUUGGUCACCUAAGUGUUCAUUUGCUGAUAUUUCGUAGGUGUUUUAUGUCUUUAUGUUUUGUUACUAGUAUAUAGUGUAGUGUUCACUUAAUUUGGAGAACUGAGGGAGACAUUUCUGUAUCUCAUAUUUAUCAGUGUUAGUCAGAAGCACCAUUGUUGAACUGAGCUCUCAACAUGUCACUGUGUUCUGUUGUUUGUUUGUAAUGGAUUUGUUGCUGAAGACACAGCAUUGAAAACAUCAUAUCAACCUGUUCACUUUGUAAAACGUGAAUCUCAAUAUGCUCAUUUUGCACACAGUUAGCAUGAUAUAACAGUAAGAGCUGCUUGAGUAAUGGAAUCUUGCCUUCUUUUUCCAAUAUCAUAUCUGAGACAAAUUAGCAUAAUUAUACUUGCAACUAUCCAUCCUCUAGCCAAUACUGUGGCCGCGGUACAGCAAAUGUACUCAAGGUGUCUGAUGCAUGAAUUGAUGCACAUGUCAUUUGUAUUUACCAAAUACAUAUUUUUAUGCCCCUGGAUCGAAUGAUCGGGGGCAUAUUGUUAUUGUCCUGUCUGUCAUUUAUUCAUUCAUUCAUUGUGUAUAUGUGUAUCCCAAAACUUUAACCUUGGUCAUAACUUUUGCAAUAUUGAAGAUAGCAACUCUAUAUUUGGCAUGCAUGUGUAUCUCAUGAAGCUGCACAUUUUGAGUGGUGAAAGGUCAAGGUCAUCCUUCAAGGUCAAAGGUUAAAUAUAUGGCUUCAAAGUGGCGUAAUAGGGGGCAUUGUGUUAAUGACAAACACAUCUGUUGUUUGCAAAUGAAAUUUGUGCAUAUUUUUGUGCAGUUUGCCGUCCGUUCUGAUAAGUUAAUGUGGGCUAUUAACAACAAUUAAAAAUGCAGGUUUUUAUGUUUAUAUAUGUAUAUUAGAUACGUACAUAUUAGAAAUUAGAAUGGUGCGAAGUUAGUUUUUAUAUGUUGACUUGUUCGUAAAAAAAUGAUGUGUACUGUGUUUCAAUUACCAAUAAAUCAUAGUAAGUUG